AUGCACUACACACGAACACCCCUUACAUUCCACAUCACCGGCACAUCACACUUACCGUGAGUGACCGAUCUCAUGAAAUGUUGGCCAAAAUUCUGAAAUGCGUUUUUGUUUGGGAGGGAUUACUUAGGUGGGGUUGUAAUAUUGAGGUGGAGAGAAGCUAGCUCUCAGGUGGCGGCGCACUCGACGGGACCCGGCUAUAAUUUCAAAUUUCAAGAGGCCGAAAUUCUCGCGAGGGGUGACAACCGCGUGAGCCGCGAGCUGCUCGAGUCAUGGUUCUCAGGCCCGCAGUCCAUCAACAAGCACAAUGGCCUCCCGGAACCAUAUUCCGUGCUGAGAUUUUCCCUGGGCAGGGGAAUCAGUCACGUGGGGUGGACGUGGGCGAGCAAUUAUCCCAGUGACAGUGAGCCAAUUUGCCGAGCAAUCGUCACACCAGCAUCCGGCACAGAUGACGAAAUCACGGCCAUUAACGGCUCGGACACGGACUGACAAGCCACCAUCGCAUUAAUUACGACCCCAGAGGAGAUUGUGAGAGCUGUUAGUUACAGCGCGCAUAUGGUCCCACGGCAGCCACGUGCUAUAAAUCCUGCACUCCUUGUGCCGCCACUACCUUUAUCUGUAAAUGUCUCUGAUGAUGGAUUCGAGUGAGAAUCCGAAACGUCAGGCCAAUAAAUUUCUUGCUCCAGUGAUCGCAUCUUCGUUUUCUGAACUCAUGAACUGUUAGCCAGAAAUCUGAAAUGCUUUUUCGACUCAAAAAGAUUACUUUAGUAGGGUUGUAAUAUUAAUCGCCAUGCAACACAGUCCCAUGAUAAUUCAGUUAUCGCAGGAUGUCGGCUUUUUAACUAACGUCUUUUCGGCUGUCUGCAAAGACUGUACACUUUAAAAAGUGAGCACUUAAGUAGCAUGUUUUUCCAUCGAAUUUGAAUGCCCCUGGGAAUUCAAACACGUCUCACAAACAAUCUACAUAAACGCUUUUAUUAUUUUACUCCCCUAGUAGAAACUGACGUCUUCUUUAGAUUCUAUACUUGAAGGGAGAGUAUAAUUUUGUUUCAAAAGAUUUCUAAUUAUUAUAUUUUUAAGACCGUGAAGUGCCCGUUCGCAAAACGUCGUGUCUCCGCAUUUGCUAACGUUGCCUUUAAAGUUUACAAUAUCGCUCAAAUCCAUUGUCGAAUUUUAUUAACCCUAUAUGAUCUCCCAUUAACAGCAUCUAUAAAUGUAUGAUUUUCCGUACACGGAAAAGACGACUUCUUGUUUGGAAACCCUGAAUGCAAGUGCAACGGCAGGUCGGAUUCAAAAUUAUUCAGGACUCGGGAAAGUUUUUAAAAGUGAAUUAUACCACCGCUUCGAGUAUAAAAAUCUAGAGAACGCAAUUUUCUACCAAAUAUGUAAAAGGCUGAAUAUUUUUAUUCCGGUUUUCUGUGAGAUAUAUUUUAAUUUCUAUGGGCAUCGAAAUUCAACGAGGAAAAUUAAUACUAUAUAAUUAGUUAGUUUUUACAGGCGUCUGGAAAGGAGUUCGUUCAAAGGUCGGCAGCCUAAGAUAACGAAAUUAUUACGGGAUUUUUCUGAAGGAUGAUUAAUAUUACUACCCUACUUAAGGCGCUUUUUCGAGUCGAAAUCGGAUUUCCCAAUUUUGGUUAACAUUUCAUGAUUUGACACAUUGUCAGUGGUUUACGAUCGAGGAAGGAGGAGACGAAGAGCCUUCUUCCUUGAUGUCUAGAUGUUGAGGCAGAAAGAUAGAACUCUCCGCACAGGGGUCUUUUGAAAAAUGGCAGACACGGAGAAAAUCUUUUGCUACAACAACAGAUAUCCCCUGUAGCAUAAUUAGAGUUGCCUCCGGGCACUUUUUUGUCGCAUCAACACGCACUGCAGCACAGAGGUCGAGAAGCUGCGAGAGCAUAAUUCCCUAUGGAACCUCUUCCUCUCCUUGGAACAAAUACCUGCACUAAAGGCACACGAAGACCACCAACAAGGACCCGCAUUCUUCCGUGCCCUGAACUACAUUGUGGACAUCUCCGAAGCCGCUGAGAGCAUGCUAAUACCACUCAACGUGGGCCUUGAACACCAACUGGAGGCCAGCAUCCGCCUUUUGCUCAUACGGCCCAAAGAUCGGAUGCCAUCUAAGGACACGUCAGGAAUUAUCUACCGUGUCAGCUGUCUAGCCCAUCUGGCCGACCACUGCGAAAUGACCGACAAGCGACUGAGGACGCGUAUGCAUGAACAUGAUUUAGUUGCGAGGCGGAAAAACUUGCGUACGCAGGUCACCAUGCACAGCCUGGAAAAUAGUCACCAAUCCGACUUUGACAGUGCCCAAGUACUCAGAAGACCCGAAAGCAAGCUGGCAAGAGAGAUAAUGGAUUCCUGGGAAUUUGACGCCAGCUUAACUGACCGUAGGAUUGACCGACCAGCGCCAUACAAGGCAUUCAGGUACCACUUACGCACUACGGGUGGACCUAUCAGGCAUCAGUAGGAAGGACUUAUUGGCAAGGACACAGUAUGAGACCCCACUCAGGUGACAAAAACUAGGUCACCGUGCUGUACGAGUUUUAUGGCUGGGGCUGAAGGGUGGAAAUGAGAACGCGAUGGCAUGUAAACAUUUGGAUAAAGGUCGAGGUGGCAUAUUGCUCCCUUACGGUAGAUUUCUCUACAGCUACUUGCAAACGAGCACAUGUGCCAGGAAACCGAUUUCCGGGGAAUUAUGUGGUAUCAAUAUACCCGACGGUGCAUGCAAAAGCUGGACCUUUUUCGCUGCUCAUCCAGUUUGUGUUCACAAAAGUAGACAACAUUCCACAAAGUUAAGAGAGCGCGGAUGCGUCGAUCAUAGAAAAGGGGAGGAGGCGAUAUGGCACAAUGAUCUGGUUUUUGUUUUCUGAAUGGGGUCACUUAUUGUGUCCUUGUCGACUUAUUUAAACCCCUAAAACGCAUUUCGUCGAUGUUCUUAUUGUUGCUUGAUGCAGCUGCGAGGGCUUCGGCUCCUUAGUGGACUCCUGGCAUCCUCUGUGCGGUUUCUGGUAUAUAAAUUCCAGAGAAUGUUCAAGCUAAUUAUCUCAGAAAUUACUAAUUGCAGGAGUUCGACACGUUGCAAAAUCCUUGCCAUACGAAAUGCAUGCUACUUAUGGUAUUACUUGCCCUUUAAAUGGAUAUUCCGUGAUUAUUUUACAGUAGUUGAUUGUCUUCGAGUUCAGUUUUCAUCAGCAUUUCGAGUCUGACCCUAAAAGGUCAUGUCCCUGACACUUAAUCUCAUGUCCUGAACUUAAUAUGUUUGAAAUUCCUGACUUGAUGUAUAUAUAUGGGUAGGUAAGGUGGUGGCGACAAGCACAAGGAGGGUCGUUGUCAGGGUUUGCGGACACCAGAGGUUCGAGACCGGUCCAUUUGGUAACUGGGGGUUACCAAGUUUCGUUCUCUGACUAUUCAGCCAAGGGCUCUUUGUCCUUUCGGUUGUAGUCGGUUAUUUUAGCCAGAGGAGGGGGGGGGGCUCACUCUCCUUUGACACUACCACCUUGUAUAACAUAUUAAUGAUUGCCAUGUGACUGGUUGCAGGGGCUCAGAAGAACGACCACCUUCCCUAACCGGAUCGGCGAGGCCCACUGUACCAUAUAUAUAUAUAUUUCGAAGGAAAUAAGUUUUUCGGGAAAGAUAAUAAAGCUUAUUUAGUAAACGUUCGACGCUGGUCCUCCAGAUCGUUCUCAAACGGGAGGCAAAGUGUGCAAAACAGUUAAAAUUCCAACAUGCCUAAAAACCGAUAUUGCUCUAUCAUUCCUGCCAGUCAACCUUUACAUCGGGUUGGCAUCACCCUGUGAUUGAUUGCUGCCUUUUCCACUUCGUAUUGAGGAUGUUAUACACUGCGUCUAAUUCAGUGUGCUGUUUAAUGCAUGCGUUGUCAGAAUGCCUGGCCUCUAGAAAUUUUUGGCCUUCCUUAGAUGAACAGACAAUUAUAGUGCUCGUCUUGUUUCGGAUGAAUUUGUGCCCAGUUUCAAACACAUGCAUGGCAACUCCGGAAAAGUGGUCUCGCCUAUUUACUACUAACUAAUGUUUACAUACGCGUGUAGGGACAAAUUUUCCGUCUGGACCACAGUAAACUGCAUUGUAAAUGUCGCAUGGCAUCUCAUAGACGGCUACUUUUUAUAUAAACGGUCAGCCCUAUACCUAGGUGUGGAAGUUGGUUGCAAAACAUAGCCGCUGGCUUUUGCGCCACGUAUAUUUGGUGUUAUCUCUGGUGUCAUUCAACCACUUCGACAAAAUCCUAGUGACUGGAAGUGCUUUCCAGAUUUCGGUUCAGAAUAAAAGGAAGGUACGAUCACUGGAACAAGAAAUCCAUUGACCCGACGUCUCGAAUUCUCACUUAUCCAGACGGUCGACGUUUACCUGUAACCGUCUCCGAUGAUGGGUUCGAGUGAGAAUCCGAAACGUCAGGCCAAUAAAUUUCUUCUUCCGGUGACCGAAUCUUCUUAGUCCUAACUGCUUCUUAGAACUCACCUGUUCGCUUUUUUCGGCAGAUUUUAGUUUGGGAUUCCGACCGGAACAAUCGAAUUCCUUGUUUUAUUCUUUUACGUCCCAUUCUCUCAAGCAUCGAUGAAUGAAAUCUUUAGGAUAUCCAUUUUGUGAAAACAGUGUGAACAAAUAAUUCAGUUCUGUUCGGCACUUUGCUAGAGUAUUUGUUCGGUUAAGGAGGCUGUUCACAGCAUUACUUUUGUGAGAAAUUGGGUGAUUUCUCUGGUAAUGUUAAAGAACUGCCACAUAAGUUUCUUUGCGGUAAACUGCUGUAUUAAGUGUCGUGUUAGUCUUUUUCCGUACGAGGACAUCAAGAAAUGGGAGUUUGCUGUCAGCCCCUUUUGGGAGUACGAAUGUGAUUCUUGGAAGCGUUGGAUCAACAAUGCCGCAGAGCAUUUCCAGUUGAUCACUUUUAACAACAACAACAACAAAAGGGUCGUCAACAUAAUGUACCCGUAAUCUGGGCUUAACCAAUGGUGGGGAGAUAGCCUCUAAUUUUUGCAUCGUGACUUCUGCCCGGAAGCCAGAGAUGUGUGGUCCCAUAGGGGUCCGUUUCAUCUGUCAGUAGUAUAUAAGUGCGAAUGCAAACUUCGUUUCCAGUCAUUGUGUUUUCGGGAGGAAAAAUAUCACAUCUGCUUUCCUGGAUUUUUUAGGCCUCACUAUGUGCCGCGGUAAGGCGAAAAGGCAUGCUCAUUUCGACGUUGGAAGAAACUAUCCGAGGUCGCCAGACCCAACACCUCCGAAUCUGUAGCGCUCUGUUUGUGACUGGCAGACAGCCAUUUUUUCCAUGCAGAAGAAUGUGCCAAUAAGCAACCAGAGUUGUCAUAUUUAACUAAUCAGAAUAAGGCAGAUCGAGCCGGAUUCGAACUCUGCGGUUUCUCAGCCCAUUGACUUGCGUUGGUAUCAGUCCAGAAACAGCCGUUUCAGUCUCUCGCCUCCUUCGUCGGUAGCGAUCUGAACUGAAUCUCUCCUCUUAACAGAUUCGUUUAUUUGCGGGUCUAGUAAGACCUAUCGAGUCACUUUGGCCGAAUCGCAAUUCGGCGAUCAGAAUGGUGGUUCGAGUCUGAACUGGUGCUGUUCCAAUAACCAACUCCCCGUUAUGUCCCGUGAACUUGCGCCUGCUGUGACGCACUUAUGGGACGGCCGUGACUUCAUGUGUGCAUCGGCCGACUCACCGCAAAGCUCGUGCUUAGCAUUUUCAAUUCUUUUUCCCUUCGUCGACUCCCUUAUCUUAAAAAAGGAAUUCUUCCUCCAGAGGCCUAUUAUAUUCAGAAGACAUAUGUCUGUGUGUUCUCCUUUUCAUGCUACAGUCGCACGCAAUCAGAUUAGGUCCGAUAUGUUGCCCGUCCGAAGUGUCUUGUCCUUAGAUAUAUACGUGUUUGGGUAUGCGCGCACAGGGUGCUCGAAUGCACCUCGAGGUGUCCCACCCCUCAACACACACACAAGUCGGCAGGUCGACGCCGUAGAUCGAGGACCCACGAUAUGCCUUCUUUCAGGAGGUUACUUCUCCACCCUCCCUCCCCUCCCCUCCCACUCCUACUACGCCUGAACGUCGUAUCAUCGUCAGUAUCCCCCGUCCAAACCCUCUGUGGCUGCUGAGCUUGAAAAUUUUGUGAGGGGUGGCGGUGGAACGAAAACGGCGUCUCUGGGUGGGGGGGAGGGAGGGGUGUGGGGAGCACGUGCGUGCUCACCUGACCGCAGCAACAACAAAGGCGGCAGCAGCAGCAGUAGCGCGAACUGACUACUGUUCAGACCUCGCUGUUGGCCGCCCAUCUUAGGCUUUCCCCAACCGCUUACUAGUGCCACCGCCGCCGCCGCCGCUGCCACCACCAUCGCCACCGCCUCCUACGAGUGUUCUGCGGUCGACAAGGACGACUAG